UUUGUUUUCAGGUGCACUGCGCAUGCCCCAGAGGAUGUCUUGCCUGCAUGUCAGAAAACACUGAAUGAUCUACAAACAGACUAUCUAGAUCUGUACCUGAUCCAUUUGCCAAAUUCCUUCAACAAAGAAAAAAAAGAACCUGAUCCUGAAAGAAUUCUUGGCUACUCCGCUGAACGUUUUGCUAAGACAUGGAAGGCCAUGGAAGAACUUGUUGAGAAAGGCCUGUGUAAGGCCAUUGGCAUUUCAAAUUACACCAUCAAGAAAACGGAAGAUCUUCUGAAAACUGCCAAAAUAAUGCCAGCUUGUAACCAAGUGGAAUGCCAUCCGUAUUUUCGCCAAGAAGAACUAAAAAAGUACUGCGACAGCAAAGGGAUUGUAGUGGCAGGUUACUCUCCCUUAGGAUCAAGUGACAGACCAAGUGGGUUUGUCCGUAAGGAUGAUCCUAUCGUAUUGAAUGAACCAGUUUUGAAGAAAAUUGCCGAGAAACACAACACCACUGUCGCACUGGUCGCUCUAGCCUGGGGAAUCAAGCGUGGAAUUUCAGUUCUUCCAAAAUCUGUCUCUGAAAACCACAUCAAGGAGAAUCUAGAAGCCCUUAAUGUUAAACUGGACGACGACGACAUGAAGGCGGUCGAGAACAUUGGCGUCCGCCAUCGAUACUUUAAUAUGCACUGGCCAUACACUAACAGUAAGCUGGAAGUUCCUAAAGAUCUGUGGGAUGGGGAGGAGUAGUUACUGCAGUGGAGAUGAGAUGGAAUUCAAGCAACAAGCAACCAACAGCCUUUAAGCCUAACCAUUCAAUGUUGAUUCUCAGCUUGAUUUGCUCUUUAGUCUGUGUCAGAACUUCCUCUUCAUUAUGUUGGUAAACAAAAAACAAAUGUAAUAAAAUUGGUGUUGUUAAGGUAAUUCCGCUGAAAUAAAAGUGACAAUAGAUUUUUGUUCAA